UGCAAUUGCAAGGUGUUCUUAGCUUGGAGUACCUGAAUUCAGUAUAGGUACUGGUACAGAAUGGCGGUCAGGCCAGUCCAGGCAGGUAGAACUCUGGGAUGGUUUAUUAGUUCAUGUCCUCAGCAUUUGGGAAGAUUUCUUGGUUCGUCUGCGGCUGAUGAGGCUGCUGGUACCCGAGUAGGGUUAAUUGUUGGUGUAUAUGAGAAUGAAAAUGAUAACAGUGAAGUAGAUUUGACACAAGUUGGAAAAGCUGUUGAUGAAAGAACUAAAGGAAAACUGUCACAAAAUCUUGCUAUAGGUCAGAAAAAAUUCAAAGUUGGCAAAUCAAGACUAUUCUACAAUAUAGAUGAGGAAUUUCCUGUUAUAGCAGCUGUCAAUAUUGGAAAAAGAAAAUUAAAACAGAAUGAUCUGGAAUGUGUGAAUGAAAGAAAAGAGAAUUUAAGACAUGCAGCAGCAGUUGGCGUUUGGUCCUUACGAGAUUUGGGUGUGACACAUAUUGAAGUAGAUCCUUCUAAUGAUGCCAAAGCCAUGGCAGAAGCUGCUUCCUUGAGCAAGUUUGUGUUCGACAGUCUCAAACAGGAAGAUAAAAGGCAGGGUCCAUUGAGCAUUAGCGUUCAUGACGCCUCUGGGAGUUCUAGCGUGAAGCAGGGUUGGAAGAAAGGAUGUAUCCUAGGCGAGGGACAAAACUUCGCCAGAGAGUUGAUGGAAACUCCCGCCAAUCUAUUAACACCAAAAUUGUUUACUGAAAAGGUCACAGAGAGAAUAUCUCGACUGCCUUCUGUUGAAGUCAUUGUCAGGGAGAAAGAAUGGAUUGAAGAAAUGAAGAUGGGUGCGUUUCUUAGUGUAGCAAAAGGCUCUUGUGAACUGCCGUUUCUUCUAGAAAUGAAAUAUUUCGGAGCGUCAAGCAGAGAUAGCGCACCGCUUGUCUUAGUAGGAAAAGGAAUUACAUUUGACAGCGGUGGGAUAUCCAUCAAGCCAGCUGCUGGAAUGUCUUUGAUGAAAGGAGACAUGGGAGGCGCGGCUACGGUUACUGGAGUCCUGGAAACAAUAGCUAGAUUAGAGCUACCGCUGAAUGUGAUUGCAGUCAUGCCGCUGUGCGAAAACAUGCCUUCUGGUAGCGCUAACAAACCAGGCGAUGUUGUUACCGCCAUGAAUGGCAAAACCAUUGAGAUUGAAAACACAGAUGCUGAAGGCAGACUUAUCUUGGCUGAUGCUCUUACCUACUCUCAUUCGUUCAAUCCAGGAACGUUGAUCAGCGUUGCCACCUUGACGGGUGCUAUUGGCGUCGCGUUAGGAGCCGGUGCUGCUGGCGUUUAUUCAAACUCACGCGAACUUUGGCUUCACUUGGAAAAGGCGGCUUUUGUUAGCGGUGACAGAGUUUGGAGAAUGCCAUCAUUUCAACUCUACAGCAAGCAAGUUCAGUCUGAUCGGGCUGAUUUAGUGAAUUUGGGCAAGAAACCUCAUGCUGGUGGGUCGUGUACGGCAGCUGCAUUUCUGAAGGAGUUUGUGCCAAGCGACAACUGGGCGCAUUUUGAUAUCGCUGGCGUCAUGGCAAACUCUGACGAAGUUCCGUACCUUGGGAAGGGAAUGUCAGGACGGCCAACAAGGACUUUGGUCGAGUUUGCCUCGAGAAUAUGUCGACAGUGAGACAGCGAACGCUAUAGUAUCUGGAUGGUCAUUUCUAUCUUGCGAAGGAGAAAGAGUUUGAAAGCCACAGCCUCGCCGCUUUGAACACUGUUUUCAGAAGGAUUCGCUGAACUUUCUGAAAGACUCAGAUUUUCAAUCAUUAAAAUCAGUCAAAGAUAUAUGCGAGAUUAUUAAAUGGGUUUA